AUGAUCGAGCAACACUUUGCCUUUUGGGACAAUGACAAGUACGCAGCGCUUAGUACAUUUUUACAGAAUCAUUACCGAGAGGCACUUGCUGCCAUUCAAACUCUCACUGGUGAACUUUUCUCUCUGGAAGGUGUCCUCAAUCUCACACACGCUGACUUCAUUCGUUUUCACAAGGAAGAGCGCUCAUACCUCGAUGGCCUGAAGGAACCCCCUGUCAAGGAUUGUGUCAGUGUUCGAUAUGUUCAAGCUCUUGAUGAAGUUGUCAUCUGCCAGUAA